AUGGUGGUGAGCUCUCCUACUGUACAACUGCCCGAACUUACAGUUUCCUUGCAAGCACAGAGUAGUUUAGAUCCGCCUAUUAUGUCAGUUGAAAGCCAAGCUCUGUCACCAGAGACAUCCACAGUUGCUCAGACUAGUCAUAACACGUAUACAAUACCUGUGCCACCUGAGCCCACAUCUGCGCACAUCCAGCAAGAUUAUGUCAAUCAAUCUGUUUCCAUUGAUGAUCAGUCUAGCCGAGAGUUAAACAAUAACAACUCUGAAAACAACUUUACACUGAUUGACAGGUUCUUAGAUACAAUUUCGAAACCCAUGGAGGCCAUCAAGAUGCUCAUUGAGCAGGAAGCCAAGAAGCAGAAGACAAGCGCCAUCCAGAAGAAGGCUGCCGUGGCUCCGGCCAUGGAGGCUUAG